CCACGUCAGCAUCUUCUUCGUCUUCUUCCGUGUGCAUCCCUCAACCUUCGUCGUUUCUCUUUAAUCUUCAAUCUCAGUGCCCAACCUUCAUCCAAUCUAAUCCACCGCUUCAGGAAGAAAGGGAGAACAAAGGUAAGAAAGUAAAUAUCUGACAGAAGGGGAGAUUUGUUGAGGAAUAAAGAGACACGAGGGCAGCCUUAACUAGUCAAUUUGGGUGUGCAUGAAGCGUAGGUAAUGAAGGUACCUAGUAAAUGAAGUAGGCGAACAGCUGAAGUUAGUAAGAGGAAUUGACACAAAAUUUAACAUAGUCAAGCCAACAGUGAACCAUAGAUAGGCUUCCACUAAUGAAAUCAAGAGAAAAUUCACUGUGAAUAAUACUCAAAUUCCUAGUCCAUUACACCUAAUGCCUGACUAACAACAACCUGGAUUCGCAGACUUUAAAAUUCUUUCUUGGACGCACUGCCAAUUCAUUGGGUUAGGCCAAAUAUCUUGUCAAGUCCAAUAUGCCAGGGGGGGUCUCAUUUUCUAUAUGCUUAGCAUGGAACUGCAGUUGUGGGUGAAUGGAAAUUUCAUAGACGAAGUUCUAUCUGGCAGAAAGAAGAUCGAGUGUGUGUCUAUACUCUUCUAUGCUUCCUGGUGCCCAUUUUCACGCAGAAUGCUUCCUAAAUUUGAAACUCUUAGUUCCAUGUUUCCUCAAAUAGAGCAUUUGGUUCUUGAGCAAUCGUCAGCUUUGCCAAGCUUAUAUUCAAAAUAUGGGAUCCAUAGCUUGCCUGCAAUAGUAUUGUUGAACCAGACAUCAAGGUUGAGAUAUGGCGGUCCAAACAAUUUUCUCUCAAUAUUGGAAUUUUACGAGAGAAACACAAGAUUUGAAGCAAGUAGUAAUAUUGUUAUUGGUCAACCAAGCAGCGAUGAGAAUUCUAGUCUGAAGUCGUUGAUGGGUUUAUCACUCAAAGAAACAUCAAGAAGGGAACCCUACUUAGUGUUCUCUGUGAUGUUUAUCUGUUUGAGGAUACUUCUUUUUGUAUUUCCCAAGAUCGUAUCACGUAUCCGAGCAUUUUGGGUUUCAUGUAUUCCUCAUUUGAACAUGCAAAUAUUCGGCGAGACAAGUCAAGUGAUGGGACGCGUGCUUCAAGUAAUUGAUGUGAGGAGGAUUUGGACAAAGCUAGGACUAUGCAAGACCAGGAAUUUUCAUGAGAGGGCAAGAAGUGCACGGGUUUGGGCUUCAUCCUUGGCUUCUGUUUCUCUUGGUGAAUCGUCAUCAGCUAGAUAAUAAUUCCAAGGUUUGAACUAACAACCUUACGAAGUCGUUAUGAGGGUAGUUUAAGAGUUUGCUUUUAUCAGAUAAAAUAUCCUCAAGCUGCAGGUGAAGCUUGGCAGCACAUAGUCUCUCUCUCUCACUCUUGCUAAUUUUGUUUGUAGAGCUAAUAACCAAAUGUUGAUUUGUGUUUGAGUUGGUUUAUGGGAGGAAGGAACAAGCAUGUAAAUUUGAGAACUGUUUUCUUUUUUGUGUAAAUUAGUUGUUUCUGAAUGAAUUUAUAUACACAAGUUGUAAUAUAUAAGCAUCCUUCCCAGAACCCCGUCCCCUCUUCUCGUACACAAGCAAUUUGAAGCACAACAAACACCAUUGUUUUCCAAGUCGUGAAAAAGAAACCGUUAGUUUUUGAAUGUGGGAAUUACAAACAUUA